AUGGUCAGCUGGAAAGGCCUCUUCGUCAAUCGGGAACGGCGAAGCUUCCCAGAGGUCGUGGUGCCUCUUGCCCAAGGAUGUGCACCCAAAACGAAAGAUACCCUGGAAAUCGGCACUUCCGACAGUACUGACCGCGCAUCUCUCCAAGAAAAUGGCGUUUCUGGAUCUAACGUUGGGACCAUACUUACUCUCGAAGCUCUGCGGGCUGAAAUUGAAGCAGAUCUCGCUUCGUCCGGCCAUGACACUGCCUAUGACCGAAAGGCUAAAGUGAUCAACCGAGCCGUACAAGACAUAGGAAUGGGCCGGUACCAAUGGGGACUGUUCGUUCUCUGUGGAAUGGGCUGGGUUGCGGACAACCUUUGGCUGCAGGGCGUUGCUUUAACCCUAACUCCCGUUGCCAUGGAAUUUGGUGUCCCGGAGGAUCACUCUCGGUUUGCAACUGUUGCUCUCUUUGUCGGUCUGAUCUUCGGUGCUUCUUUCUGGGGAAUUGCCUCCGACGCCAUUGGACGCCGGCCCGCUUUCAACCUGACUCUAUUCAUCUGUGGUACCUUCGGUCUUGCGGCGGGCGGCGGGCCUAAUUUUGUGGGUAUGAUCCAGCUACUCCUGCGCCCAGAUUUGACUAUCCUGACUCAUGAAUCAGCACUUUGCUUGCCCCCCAACUCCGGCAACAUUCUGAGCGGUCUUGCAACUUGGUGGUCGGUUGGUACACUCGUUGCCAGUAUGCUUGCCUGGGCUUUUAUCCCAAGCUUCUCCUGUGAUAGUUACGCCACCUGUACCAAGGCUGAUAAUUGGGGCUGGCGGUACCUUGUUCUCACUCUGGGCGCCAUCACGUUCUGCAUGUUCCUUUGCCGUUUCUUACUCUUCACUCUUUACGAAUCACCCAAGUUCUUGGUCUCCCGCGGCCGCCAAGACGAGGCUGUUGCCGCAGUGCAAGGAAUUGCCCACAAGAACAAGGCCACCACUUGGCUUACCGAGGACAUUUUGAACGAGAUCGGCGGAUACCCCGAAGAGACACAAAAGCGACAGGGACUAUCUUAUGGCCAGAUUGUCAAGCGAUCUCUGGAACGAUUCUCGUAUCAGCAGGUCGCUCCUCUUUUCAAGACCAAGCGCCUCGCGAUAUCCACUGUCCUCAUCUGGUUCUGCUGGACUUGCAUCGGAAUGGGAUACACACUUUUCAAUGCUUUCCUUCCACAAUAUCUGAGCGCCAACUCUACCAGCACCUACAUCACAUACCGAAACUACGCCAUCACUGCGGCGUGUGGUAUCCCCGGUCCCCUCCUUGGCUGGUGGACCGUCGACGUUAAGUACAUCGGUCGGAAAGGCACGCUUGCCGCUUCCACCUUGAUCACUGGUGUACUGCUGUUCUGCUUCACUGCAUCAAAGGACCCGAAUGUCCAGCUUGUCUGCUCGUCUCUGGAGUCUUUCUUCCAGAUGAUCAUGUACGGGGUCCUCUACGCUUACACCCCCGAGGUCUUCCCGGCCCCCAAUCGCGGUACUGGCACUGGUAUCGCUAGCUGUUUGAACAGAAUUGCUGGCUUGAUGGCCCCGAUCAUUGGCAUCUAUGCUGCCUCUGACCCGGUUGCGCCUAUUUACGCGUCGGGGGCCCUUAUUCUGGCAUCUUUUGUUGCCAUGGUUUUCCUUCCGAUUGAAACUGCGACUACCCAGAUUCUGUAA